GUUCGGGCAGCAGUGCGCCGGGCGGCGGGCGGGAGAGCUGCCAGGCUGACGGAGAGGCCGGCCCGAGUGGGGGCCGCUCCGCCGCCGCCGCCGCCGCCGCCGCCGCUGUGAUGCGGAGCCGGUGCCGCGCCGGGCGGUGGAGUCAGAGCCCGGGCGCGGGAGCACGAGCUGCAACAUCAGCACCGGCGGCGGCGGCGGCAGCACCUGCACCAGCUCCCGGGCCCCGCGCUGCGCUCGCCGCCCCGCCGCGCCCGGGGCCGCCGCCCCGCGCUCUCUAUGGAUGUCAAGGCGGCCCCCAACGGGGUGGCUACCAUCGAGGACCGGAUCCUGCGGAUCACCGGCUACUAUGGCUAUUAUCCGGGUUACUCCAGCCAGAAAAGUACCUCCAGAUCAUCAGUAACUCGAUGUAAACCAGGAGCCAACUGCCCCAGUUCCCACAGUGGCAUCAGCAGACAACUGUCCCCUCUUUCUGUCACUGAAGAUUCUUCUGCUCCUAUUCUUGAACUUCAGAGUCGAGGAUCCUCUGGAGUGUGUGGACACAGAGUUGAAAGGCCAAACAGAUCAGGGGAUGAUGGAACACAGACUCAUCCUGAGAACAGCAGCCAAGAAAACAGAAUCAAGGCUCGCUGCCAGUCUUGCACGUCCAUGGUUCUGAAGGCUGUCUGGGGACUCUUGAUCAUCUUGUCAGUGUCAUCGUCUUGGGUUGGAACCACACAGAUUGUAAAAAUUACUUACAAGAACUUCUACUGUCCAUUUUUCAUGACUUGGUUUUCAACAAACUGGAACAUUAUGUUUUUCCCAGUCUAUUAUUCCGGUCAUCUGGCCACCGCUCAAGAAAAACAAUCUCCGAUGAAAAAGUUCAGGGAAUGCAGCCGGAUUUUUGGUGAAGACGGUCUGACAUUGAAGCUCUUUCUUAAAAGAACUGCUCCCUUUUCUAUUCUAUGGACUUUGACUAAUUACCUGUAUUUACUGGCUUUAAAGAAGCUGACAGCCACGGAUGUCUCUGCUCUGUUCUGUUGUAACAAAGCCUUUGUCUUCUUGCUGUCGUGGAUCGUGCUGAAAGACAGGUUCAUGGGAGUGAGGAUAGUCGCUGCAAUCAUGGCCAUUACUGGCAUCGUCAUGAUGGCAUAUGCAGAUAAUUUCCAUACGGAUUCGAUCAUAGGUGUGGCAUUCGCAGUGGGCUCAGCCUCUACAUCUGCAUUAUAUAAGGUCUUGUUCAAGAUGUUUCUUGGAAGUGCCACUUCGGUGAAGCAGCACACUUUGUCUCCACGUUGGGUUUCUUCAUUUGAUCUUCAUCUCUUUCACCCCGGUCAUCCUGUAUUUCACCAAAGUAGAGCACUGGUCAUCAUUUGCAGCUCUGCCGUGGGGCUAUCUCUGUGGAUGGCCGGGCUGUGGCUGGCCUUCAACAUCCUGGUGAAUGUCGGCGUGGUGCUGACAUACCCAAUCUUGAUCUCCAUUGGGACCGUGCUCAGCGUCCCCGGAAAUGCAGCUGUGGAUCUCCUGAAACAGGAGGUGAUCUUCAAUGUCGUCCGCCUGGCCGCUACCAUUGUCAUUUGCAUUGGGUUUCUGCUGAUGCUGUUGCCAGAGGAGUGGGACGAAAUCACCCUGAGAUUCAUCAACAGCCUGAAGGAAAAGAAGAGUGAGGAACAUGUGGAGGACAUCACUGAUUCUAGUGUACACCUGCGGACCAGAAGCAGGGCCAAUGGGACAGUGUCUAUACCCCUGGCUUAACGAGGGACCCAUUUUGGAUGCACGUGUAUGUAUAUUCUGUGAAUAUAGUAAAUUUUUCUCACUACCUGUACACUCAAAUGACAGUAUUAAUUCUGGAUUUGGAUAUGUCAUAGGUGAAAUCAUGCCAAGGAUAAAAGUUUACAUUUAUAUGCUUAUCAAGGA